AUGACAACAACGACAUCAGCCAAGACACACCCAGGAACAGGAGAACCCUCGACUCGUCCAAAAGUCCUCAUUGUCGGAGCGGGUAUAGGAGGGAUGACAUUGGGGAUGCUUUUGACCAAGGCUGGGAUCCCGUUCGAUAUCUAUGAACGCGCUGCUGCUGUGAAACCUCUUGGCUCGGCGCUCUUCUUGAACCCUACAACGGCAAAAAUCUUCAAACAGUGCAACAUCUGGGACGACAUCAUGAGUAUCUGCAAGUUCACCGGGAAGAUCCAAGUCGGAAACGAGCAGCGCGAAAUCGAAUACUGCAUGGACUUUCCCAACCAAAUUGAAAUGUUCGGAUCCAGAGGUUACAUUGUCGCACGCCCAAUGCUCUACGACAUCCUCCAUCGACAAGUCCCCAAGGAGCGUUUCCACAUGAGCAAAAAGGUCACAACCAUCACCCAAACCGACAACGGCGUUGUGCUUCACUUUUCCGACAACACUACAGUCAGUGGCGACAUCCUCGUAGGAGCAGAUGGCGCUUACAGUACGAUCCGUCAAUGUAUUUACACCGAUCUCAGGACAGAGGAGCGCCUUUUGGCCUCGGACGAUGAGCCGUUGGCGUACAGUAAUGUGCAGCUUGUUGGUCAGACUAGGCCGCUGGAUCAUGCUGAUUUCCCGAAUCUGAGUAUUCCUGAUAGCCAGUUCAUUCGUAUCCUUGGCGACAACAAGCCAUAUGCCUGGACAUUCUUCACAACAGCACAGAACACCAUCUGCUAUGGUGUUACUAAAUUCCUAUCGACAACUUCCAGCAGACAAGGCGACGACUACAAAAAUUCCGAAUGGGGUCCAGAGGCAGCUGAAGCCAUGUGCGCAGAAGUGCGGGAUUUCCCCAUUAUCAGUGGCGGCGACAAGAUCACGACUGUGGGAGAUUUGAUCGAUUUGACGCCCAAGGAUCUUAUCUCGAAGGUUAUGUUGGAGGAGAAGGUGUUUGAGACCUGGCAUUAUAAGCGUGUUGCUCUGAUCGGCGAUGGAGGUUCAGGAGCAAACAACGCGAUGCACGACGCCAUCACAUUGGCCAACUGGCUCAAUGUUCUCUCCGAUACCCCCACGGCCGCCGAAAUCGAGCACGCGUUUGAAAAGUACAAGGAGGAGCGUUUGCCUUGGGUCAAGCAGGCCUAUGAUUCCAGCCUUAUCUUCAAGGUCAUGAUCGAGGCGAACUUUAAAGCGUAUUUAGUCAAGCUAGUCUCCAAGUACAUGCCCUCGUGGAUCACAAGCAAAAUGGCGAUGCGAAUGUCAAUCAACCAACCUCAAGUCAGCUUCUUACCACCUACCGAGUACCAUGGUUCGAUCCAACCGGCACCCCAAGCCAGUUAUGAAGAGACUUUGGCCAUUCUUCAGGAGCGUGCAGCAAAAACGAAUGCCGGAGAGCCGGUCACUGCUAUGUAG